AUGACCGAUUUUGGGGAAAUUAUCAAAGCUCUUAAUGAUUUUGGCCGAUUCCAGCAUUGGCUGGUACUGAUGAUCACUAUAGCCUCACCCUUUGCUGGUUUCCAUAUGUUCAGCCAAUUAUUCAUGGUCAUUCCAGUAUCUCAUCACUGCAACACUACUUGGCUGGACACCAUCCACUUGAACUUGACCGAAGAGGAGAAGCUGAAUUUAACCAUUCCCCGAAAUCCUGACGGGACCUUAGAACAAUGUCUCAUGUAUACUCCUGUGGAAACUAACUUAGAGACCAUCCUGCAAUCUGGAUUGAAUUCAACAGAGAAGUGCCAAGAUGGAUGGGUUUAUCCUUCCAAGCCACAGCCUUCUCUGGUUACCCAGUUUUCCCUGGUAUGUGAUAGAAAGGAUUUAAUUGACAUCUCCCAGUCCAUCUUCAUGUCGGGUCUCCUCGUUGGAGCAAUGGUGUUAGGACCACUGAGUGACUGGUAUGGCCGAAGACCCAUUGCUUUGUUAUCUCUGUUCUUGGAAGGUGUGUCGGGAGUUGCAGUAGCUUUUGCCCCCAGCUUUUACCUCUACUGUGGACUUCGGUUUCUACUGGGAGCAGCUCUGUCUGGAAUAACCAUAAGCAGCACAGCUCUGUGCACUGAGUGGGUUGGCAUUGCCUAUCGUCCACACACCAUCAUCACCGUUCAUGUGACAUUUGCUUUGGGACAGAUGAUCCUGGCGGGCUUAGCUUAUGGUCUUCGGGACUGGCGGCAUCUUCAGAUUGCUGGUUCUGCCCCAAUUUUUGUUUUCUUUUUCUACGUAUGGGUCCUUCCUGAGUCCGCUCGGUGGCUUGUGAUGAAAGGCAAAAUAGGGGAAGCUAAAAAGCUACUCCUGAAAGCAGCCUCUGUGAACAAGCGAGCCAUCCCUCCGAAACUGUUAGAGCAGCUAAAGCCUGAACAGAAACCCAACUCUUCAGCGGUUUUGGAUCUCGUUAGAAACUCCCAAUUAGCAAAGGUGACCCUGGUCAUUUCCCUAAUCUGGUUUGUCAACAGUUUGGCCUACUAUGGAUUAAGUCUGAAUGUUGGCAGCUUUGGUCUGGAUAUUUACCUGACGCAGGUCAUCUUCGGAGCGGUUGAAAUCCCUGCCCGGAUCCUUUCCGUCUUCCUGAUGCAGCGUUUGGGAAGGAAGAAGUGUCAGUCACUUUGCCUUCUUCUAGGGGGGGGCUUUUCCCUUCUGAUCAUUGCUGUCCCCAAAGAUUUACCUGUGAUAACCACAAUGCUGGCUGUCCUUGGAAAGUUUACCAUGGCAGGAUCGUUUUCCACAUCCUAUGUAUAUUCUGCAGAGCUGUUCCCAACUAUUAUCCGGCAGUCUGGACUCGGAUUAUGUCAGAUGACAGCCAGAGUAGCUGGAAUCAUCUCCCCACUGGUUGGUCUCCUGGGGAAAUAUAACACCUCGCUGCCUGUGGCGGUCUUCGGAAGUGCAGCUGCCCUUGGUGGGGUCUUUUCUCUCCUUCUUCCGGAGACACUCGGCAAGGAACUGCCCGAUUGUGUAGACGACCUGACCCACAAACGAAGGAAGAGCAAGGACACCAAUGACAGUGUGGAAAAUGGAUGCACCAAACCAAAUAAAGACAGUUGUGUUAGUGACAGGAUAACAACCACACAUUUCUAAGUCAAUGAUGGAUUGACUCAGCAUUUCAAGGAUACAGAUUGGAAUAAAAAUGGUAGAUUUCUCUGUAUUGUGAGCAGAGCAGGUAGAGAGUAAAUUUUCACACAUUAGGCUACAACAUAACACAAUUCAUGGCUUAGUGUGAUCCAGGCCAUAAAGUGAUGGAUAAAGUCAGCUGCUGCUGGUUUAAACAAGAAACCACGGUUUAUCAUAAUGUAUACAUUGAGUACUUUCAAUGGGACUUCUUACUUACUUUCAGUGGGACUUCUUUUGUUAAUAAUGAUUAAUCUAUUCUUACUGUAAUUGCCAAUUCAGUGAUUUUAUUUAAAGUACUUUUUUUAGUUAGAAUUGUUAGCUUUUUUUUUUUUAAAGGAAAUCAGUUUAAACAGUAGUUUAUCAUUCGCGGCUUAAUUCUGUAACGACAUGCAAAGCAGAGGGGGGAAAAAAAUAAAAACAAACCAAGUUUAAAUCUAUCCAAACACAGCCAGCAAUUCUUCCGAAUUCAGAAACCCUUUUUCUAUUUUGGAGAUUAAACCUGGUGUUUUGGCAUGAAGUCUUUCAACUUUACCUUUAAAAUCUGCACCUCAUGAAACCAAAUAGGCAAUUAGCAAUUGCAGAGGUAGUUUUCUUCUUCUUCUUCUUCUUCUUUUUUUUUUUUUUUUAGGAAAAUUGU